AUGGGCCUGAGAGCUACAGUGAAGCAUGCACAGCCGCCCAGGGUGCCUGGCCUGGCGAUGGUAGACAGCCCAGUGCUCCCGGCCUUCCUGCUGUGCAGCAUGCUGCCGCUCAUCAAGACAUACAUGGUGGCCGUCAUCACGGGCCAAGUCAGGCUGUGGAACAAGGCUUUCACCAACCCUGAAGACACCCUGAGGCUCGGUGGCCCUCAGUUCUAUCAGAGUGACCCAGACGUGGAGCCAUGUCUCAGAGCCCACCGGAACAACACGGAGACCAUCUACCCAUUCCUCUUCCUGAGCCUCGUCUACUGCUUCCUGCUGGUCCUCCAGGGCUGCCUGAUGCACUCCGUGGCCUACCUGGGAAAGCUGUGUGUGCCCCUGCGCUCCCUGGCCUACAUCGUGGCCCAGCUGCCCUGUGCCUCCAUGGCCCUGCAGAUCCUGUGGGAAGCGGCCCACCACCUGUGUGACUCAAAGCCACGAGAUUGCAAGCCAGGGCGGACAGCCCUGCUUCCCUGGCACGCUCUGGGCCUAGUGGAGUGA